AUGUCCUGUCUGCUGUCGGCAAGACUUCUCACAUCACGUAUUAGUACAACCCGAGCGUAUUGCACCGCGACGGGAGUGAAAAACGAUACUCAACGUAAUAAAUUUGUAAUUGAACUCAGCAAGAACGAUGAAGCGUAUCUGCAGUACACAGUAGAUCACAAUGCUAACUUGAUCAGGUUCCAGCAUACGUACGUACCGGACGCUGGCAAGGGCAAGGGAUUGGGCAAAAAGCUAGUGGAGUCGGCUUUUCAAUAUGCCAUAGCGCAAAAGAUGCUGGUCAAGCUGGAGUGUGAUUUUGCGGUCAAAUAUUUCAAAGAUAAUCAGUCUACAUAUAAGGCUUACGUAACGAAAUGA